AUGAUCCUCCUUGAAUCUCAUAAUGUUGUCCUUCAAAACACCCUUAAUGAGAAAUUCAACAAGCCAUCGGGUAUAGAUGUUAGUUUCGUAGAUUACGAUGGGGUCCGUUUCCACGUCUCUACUCCCGAAAAGAAGACCGAGCUUUUGGUAUCUAUAAGCAUGCGAUGCUGGGAAGAGCUCGUCCAGUAUGGCGCGAAUGACGUGUUGCAGCGCGAAUAUGGUUCAUUUAUUACCGAACCUGAGCAGGGAUACAACUUUUCGCUAAGGUUUGACUUGGAGAAUGUUCCUGCUGCUGGAGAGGAGAGGGACAAUCUCAUCAAAUCCGUCGCGUUGUUGAAACGAAACGCGCUGGCCGCUCCGUUUGAGGCUGCGUUUGCGACUCAGAAGGAGCUCGAGGCGGCUGGGAUGCCGACUGAUGGAUCAGCCCCGCCUACCGGAGACUUGAAGUCAAUCCAUUACCGCGAUCGCGAGGCGAUUUAUGUACGCGCCGGGAUCGACCGAGUAACUGUCGUGUUUUCGACAGAGUUCCAGGAUGAGACGGAUAAAGUUGUUGGAAGAGUGUUCUUGCAGGAAUUUGUUGAUGCACGGAGACAACCGUCUAUUCAAACUGCCCCGCAAGUACUAUACAGUAACCGGGAGCCUCCGUUAGAAAUUCGAGGUGUACAAGGUCUAAAUGUUAGCGACGAUGUCGGUUAUGUGACAUUCGUCAUCUUCCCACGACACUUCUCGAAUCCUGUGGUUGCAGCCAACACGAUUUCUCACAUCCAAUUGUUCCGAGACUACCUACACUACCACAUCAAAUGCUCAAAGGCUUAUAUGCACAGCCGCAUGCGACACCGUGUGACCGAAUUCUUGAAGGUUUUGAAUCGGGCAAAGACCGAGAGCGUGGGUGAGAAGGAGCGCAAGACUGUGACGGGUCGUACGUUUUCAUCUCGAUAA